UUCCGAUUGGCUGAUGAGCCUGUCAAUACGCGUGCGUUUCCAAAGCCCCGCCCUAAACUUAAACCUGCCGUGCUGCUUUCACUGACGGUGACAUAGGGAUGCCCUUCUUUGGCGUCUUGGAUGCUCACGUGCCUGUUGUCACGGCCAAGGGUGGAUGACAGCUGGAAGUUCAUCAGUGAGCUGAGUGUUGGGUGGUCUGAGAGCAGAAAGGAAACCGUAGUUUGGGUGAAUGUGAGAGAUUCUUGAAAUGUCACUAAAACAACCAGAUGGGAUGUCUAUUGCCCAGGCUUUGGCCAUGACUGUAGCAGAGAUACCGGUCUUUCUCUACUCCACAUUUGGACAGUCCAUAUUUUCUCAGCUAAAGCUUUCCCCGAGCCUGAAGAAGGUGCUAUUUGCGACAGCACUUGGAAGCGUGGCUCUGGCUCUGACCGCUCACCAGCUGAAGAGAAGAGGCAGAAAAAGGAAACAGGCAGCCCAAGCUAAGGAGGGCCAGAGAACAGUAGGAAUACCCGAGGCUCUGCUGAAGACAGGAAGACCUUCAUCUUUGAAGAGAGGUCCGAUUACUAGCCGCCAGGUGAUGAGUCCCAGCUCUCGGAGCAAUGACACUAUGAGUGGAAUUUCUUCCCUGGGUCCCAGUAAACAUUCAAGUUCCUCGCACAGCUUGGCAUCUACGAGAGUCCCAAACUCUCCCAAUCAGCCUGCUAAUCCCGCCACACCCUGGGAGGCAGAGCCUGUGGUGGAAGAAUCGGGAGCAGUGGAGGAUGCUAACGCAGAGAACCUUUAUUUAAUGGGGAUGGAGCUGUUUGAUGAAGCACUACGAAAAUGGGAACAAGCCCUAAAUAUUCGUCACCAUGGCAACUCAACCUCCAGUAACAACAGCCUUGCUCUGCAGGGGGCAACGUGUAGAGACUUUCCAAUGAUCGAAGGCCGUAAUAAAGUGUUUGCUGAGAAGUUAGAGACACUGUUGCACCGAGCGUACCACCUACAAGAGGAUUUUGGCAGCAGCAUCCCAGCAGACAGUGUGCUGGCAGACUUUGAGAGUGAAGGAACUCUUAUCUUGCCUAACGUGGAGAGUUUCCACCAGCUGCAAGAUGAGGACGCGACUACAGUCACGUCUGAUGACUCCUUUUUCUCGGCUGCAGAGCUGUUUGAAAACAUGACUUUAGAAGAUAUCUACCCAUCUAUGAAGCCAGCUGCUCUGUAUGAAGAAGCCUUAUCUCUGGUGCAGGAAGGCAGAGUGAAAUAUAGGACCUUGAGGACCGAAUUACUUGAAUGCUAUAGUGACCAAGAUUUCCUCGCCAAGCUUCACUGUGUGAGACAAGCAUUCCAGGUCUUGUUGUUAGAUGAAACUCACCGCACAUUUUUUAUGGAGACAGGGAAACAGAUGGUUGCUGGGCUAAUGGUUAAGGCCGGCAAGAGUCCCAAAGCCUUUCUGGAAAACUAUGAAGACAUGCUGCUUUACACCCAGAGAGAGGAAACGUGGCCCAUUACCAAAAUGGAACUGGAGGGUCGAGGGGUGGUGUGUAUAAACUUUUUUGACGUUGUUUUGGACUUCAUCCUGAUGGAUGCUUUCGAGGACCUGGAGAGUCCUCCCUCCUCUGUGUUAGCCGUUCUGAGGAACCGCUGGCUGUCGGACAGCUUUAAAGAGACGGCUCUGGCGACCGCUUGCUGGUCGGUGUUGAAAGCUAAAAGGCGUCUUCUUAUGGUUCCAGAUGGAUUUAUCGCCCACUUUUAUGCCAUAUCAGAACAUGUGAGCCCGGUCUUAGCUUUUGGGUUUUUGGGACCAAGGCAGCACCUGAGUGAGGUUUGCACAAUUUUCAAGCAACAAAUAGUGCAAUACCUUAAGGAUAUGUUCGAUCACGAUAAGGUCCGCUUCACGUCUGAUCGGUGCUUGGCUGAGGACAUCCUGAAACUUUCCCACCGCAGAAGUGAGAUCCUACUGGGAUAUCUGGGAAUCAACAGUCUGUUGGAUAUCAAUGGUGCCCUGCUCAGAGACGCUGAGGGCUUCGACGGGACCAACAAACUGUUGUCAUAGGCUUCAUAAAGGAAUCUGAACCCCACAUUCGAUCUCUGCACCGAGCCCUUCUUCUGUGAUACACUGAGAACCAGCAUUAUUCAGUCAUUAGUUCAUCCUUUCUCCAUAUGGGCUCUUAAACACAACUACAUGCCAUGGGAUUUAUUUCACCAGGUCUCCUUGUUCCUGCUAAUGAGGCAGGAUCCUGGAUUCCAAGUGUCCCUUGUGUUGCUGCUUUGUUUUGGAUCCAGAAUGACGACUAAUCAAUUUAUCACAGACGUGUGAGGACUUGUUUCUGCCUCUACCUCUGCCUGGGGUGAUUUUAGGUACUUGGUAAAAACACAGCUGACAAACAGGACUUUGCCUUCUAGUGGCCCGAAUAAACAGAGUUUUUUUCUGAGAAAUAUGUUUAUUACCUGUGGAUUCGGGCUGAAUAUCACCAUGAUGCGUAAAAAGAUGAAGUGCUUUUGUUUUAUGUGAAAAGUUGAAGGUAAUUUCUUAACGCCAUCACUGCUGCUUACAGUUGUUGAAAUGAGUGAGGCAGGAUGGCUGUUGCAUUAAAUCUCCGUAAAUCCUCCUUAUUUUCAAGCUUCCACAUUGGUUCCACCAAGCUAAAUAACAUGGAGACAUAUCUGAGACUUGAGUUUAAACACUGACAGAGGUUAUGAAAAAGUGGAGAUCCAUUUUGGCUUUUAGUUUCUUUAUAUUACAAUUAUUCCCUCAGAUGGCUGUCAGAAAAUGACAGAAUUAAUACAAACAUAAAGCAUAAAGUUUUCCAAACUGAAUGUGGUACACUGAAAAUUAGUGAUAUAGUUAGUACCACAUUUUUUUUGCUGUUCAUGUAUUAUCAAAUAUCUACCCCAAAUUUAUAGAAUCUGUUAAAAUUUAAAGCUCUUAAAUGGGCUUUUUAUAUUUAAUUAGUAAGACUCACUUUAGAAAUAAUCGGACAGUUUUGCUAGUAGUUCACUUAUGCGAUUCAGUUUUAUUUAAUUCAGAUAAAAUCUACCCUCCCAAAAACGGGCUAGCAUGCACAACGGAGCCUGGUGCCAGUUCUUUUAUGCACCGCCAUUUAGUGUAUUUUCAUGCCUCAACAAUGUUUCUUGCAGAACUGUUGCAUCACUUUCAAUGAAAAUGAUCGCCAGGCAGACAGAUUUGAGCCCAGUUCUUGCAGUCAAAAAGAGAGAAGUUAUUGGGGUAAGCUACUGUAGCAUGACUUCAGCCUGCAUGCAGUUCCACUGUACUGCCAAAUCUUGUAACUUGGUAAAUAUAUACGGAACCAAAAGAGUUUGGAAAUUUCCAACAGCAAUAUCAACAGAUUUGUACCAGUUGAAGUUCUGAAGCAGAUCAUUAUCAUUGUCACUAUCUGCUGCAGCUUCUUCUUCCAUGGAAGUAUCAACCAUGGCUUUGAGGUCACUGGAGUUGAACUUUGGCCCAAACGCUCAAAGUUGACCCCACCUGCUUCAGGAUUUUAUGAAAGUGUCAAAAGUUGCUCAUCUUGCCUAAUGUUUAUUAUCGCCAAGUGAUCAGCCCAGUUCUGGUGCCUCUUGUGAUGUCAUUGCCCCAUAUAAACAAAAAGCACAGUUAGUGGUUGUUUUCGUUGGUGUGCUUUUAAAAUCUUUGCUUUUUGUGAAAUCGUACAGUGGAUUUCAAAGUAAAUUUGGUAUAAACCAAUACAUGUCUUGAGGGUAUCUUUCAUUUACUAAACGCAAGCUAUUAUAAUGAUGACUUAAAGCAAAUGUAUGUGAAGAUAUAAAGUUUUAGGUGUUAAAAUGUUGAACAAUUGCUACAUUAUUGGUGACAAUAUGGAAAAAAAGAAAUGCCACUUCUAUUCAAGCAAAGGGUCACCUAAACAAAUAUACACUGUGUCCACAGAUAUUGUUUGUGGCAUAACUUCAGUCGUUUAGUUUGGAUGGCCAGGUAUUGCUUAAGCUGACUCCCUGAUGUGUUUUUCUCUGUUUUUCACAAAUUAAAAUGGAAAACUUUCCAACUGGUAGUUUUAUGAAUGAUUCCGGUGUCAUGUAGGCUUGUAGUGAGCUCUAAUUUACCCAAGUGCACUGAUGGAGACCCUUAAGUUUUCUGUGUUUAUUGGGUCACAGAAACUGAUGGGGCAACAAGAUGCCAAACUGAACGGACCUUUCCUGUGUAAUCCUUUUGAAGCACUACUACUGUAAAGAAAGGGGCAUAUUUUUUCUCAAAUAUUAAAUUGGCUUCAUUUAAUUUAUAAUCGGAGAUCUAAAUUGAUUUGUAUCACCGGAAGCACAACAGUUAAGUUUCUAUUUCGUUGCACUUUUAGUUCUGGUAAUUUAUCAUACAGAUUAACAGAUCUUUGACAUUAACACAUAGAUGUUUUGUGGCAAUGAUAAUAUUUAACUUGGUGUUCCAAAACAUAAAUCAAAUAAUCCUUUCUUGGUUUGUUUUCCAUCACUGUUUUCUCAUCAGAAACCAGUAAUGAAAUCGUGCUGUUAGUCUAAUACUUGCUAGAUUCAUUGCUGAGAAACACUGAUCAUGCCCCUGAACUGUUCUGACUGUUCAUACAGUCAGUAUUGUUGGAUUUAUUGGAUAGCAGCCUAACCUGAACCAAAGCUGCGAAUCGGCGGGGCAUUUCUGCAGUACAUGAGUUGGUUUGCAGCUUUGGGUUUCUAACCGAUUUGCGCUUCAGCUUGAAGACGUUGUAGAAAAUGUUUCUUUUGGUAAUGAUCAGUUUCAGGGUUCCCAUGUACAAAUUGUCAGAUUAUUUAUUGCAACACAUGAUUGUUGUAUGUAUUAAAUGAAGCGUAUAACUGCUGUACAGUUGAAAAAAAUAUCUUAAAGAAAAAUUAUAUUAUGGAAAAAAGUUUGUACAAUCACAGGGUUCUGUCGAAGUGCCCAUCUUUAAAUUUUUUGUUUUUUCUUUAUCGCGUGUGAUCUGAUCUGAGAUUAGACGCUUUGAUAAUGUAUGUCCUGUAUGUAUUAUGAAGUGCAAUCUUUUUCUUCUUCUAAUUCCAGGAUGAAUGAACUGCCUUUGCAUGUUAACACCGUGUAUUCUUUAAAAUGCAGCAGUGUAGCAUUGGAAAUGUAGAACCCAACUCCACCUGAUUUGUUGGACAUUUUAAAGAACAGAAUUAGAUAUAAUCUAAAAAAAAACUGUUUGGAUUAUUACAAUUUAAGCAUGAGCUUAAUUUGGUUAAAUAUUUAGAUUUUAGACUUUUAAAGAGGGUUUCAGAAGGCCAAAAAUGUUGAUUUCCUCCUCUCCCUACCACUGUAUGCUAUGUUAAAAGUGUCCUACUCAUGCCUUUUGUCUUUUCUAUUGUUAUACUGCACUGUUUGUCAACUGAUUUACAUCCUCCAUAUUAAAUCUUAUUUUUUGUUAUUAAA